GUCCAGGCACUACAGAUGAAAAAUAGCCUCUUGGCUAACAAAAAAAAACCCCCCACUGUAUUUCUGUUAAAGAGGUGAAUAAAUAGAACACCUGUGAGGAACUAAACAUGUGUAGCACACUAUAAGUUUUAAAAAAGUGUAAUGAACAAAUAUAAAAAUCUAUGAUUAGUGGGUUUUUUUCUUGGCAGGCACAAUAAGCUUCAGCCUGCAACUUUUUGUUCUGUGAAAAUCUUUUGUGUUGUGUUAUAACAGACCAAAAUAGAUUUUAAUUUCAAUUCCAACUCAAAAGAAAUCAGUUUUCUGUAUUCUUCCAUGUACUGGCUCCAGUUUUCAGUGAGAUAUUGACCACUGUUUGUGUGUCUAACUACACUUUUAUUCACCAUCUCUUCACAGUUGCAAAGUGCAAAACGUGUGCAGGAAUUAUGUUAGAAAUAGUUCAUUUAAAGCAUGGGUUUGGUGCGGCGUUAAGGUCAGGGACGGACUACUGUCUUUGCCUUCAGUGCUGCAACAGGAAGAAGAUUUAUAACAGUCUCUUAUUUCGCGUGAUCUUAGUAGUGUGUAAUGUAUUCAAGCACUGCUGUCGCCAUCUAGAAAUACGAGAUGAGGCCUGGACCUGUAUUCAGUUUAUAGCGUAAGAGAGACAAAUAUGGAUGUGUGAAGCCAGUAUAUAACAACAUAAAAAACAUGACAAUUGUAUUGAGAACAUACGUGAAAAACUAGCAAUUAAUCAACAACAAAGAUAAGUCAAAUGAAUGAUAUAGACUACAUGGCCAAAGGUAUGUGGACACCCAAGCAUUACACCCAUGUGUGAUUGCUGAACGUCUCAUUGCAUAAACUGUGGGAAUUCAUCUGAAGCUACAGCGGCCUGCAUGCAUUCUUCUGGUUUCAGGCUUUCCACCAGAUGUUGGAACCUGGCUGCAGGGAUUUGCUCCCAUUCAGAUACAAGAGAAUCAGUGAGGUCCAACACUGAUGUUGGGCGAUAAGGCCUGGAUGGGGUUGAGGUCAAGGCUCUGUGCAGGUCAGUCAAGUUCUACCAUUUCGUUAUGGACCUGGCUUUGUGCACGGGGGGCAUUUUCAUGUUGAAACAGGAGAGGAGCUUCCCCAAACUGUUGGGGAAAGCUAGAAGCACACUGUUAUCUAAAAUAUCAUUGCAUGCUGUAGCAUUACCAUUUCCUCCAAACCACGAAAAAACAGCCCGAGACCAAAAGUCCACACAAGUAUUUGGACAGCUCACUUCUUCUGCUCAUUUUCUUCCUGCUCGCGAAUACACCCACGUGGGCGCGCACAGUUACGCGCAGUGGUGCAUGAAGGACUCCUGAGGAGUUGAUCCAUCCCACGUCUCACUCCAUCUUCUUCCUCGAUCCAUUCUGCCUCCUCAUCUCUCUUCUCCUCUUCCUACUCCAUCUCUCUUCUUCUUCUCUUCCUCCUCCAGACAGGUCUCCUUCUCGGGAAACACCAGACUGUUGCGCCCCGUGUCGCCGCGUCAAGCCGGACAGAAUAAGAUCUGAUGUCGGGCUAUUUGGCUUCAAGAUAAAAGCACGUAUAGAGGAAAAAACCCCAAAAUGACUCAAAAAUAUGUUACCAACAACACUCAGUACAGUUUAAAAUAAUGCGAUUGCAACAUUAAUUAUGUGAAACUGGAAGAUGUAAAAGCUGUGAAAAUGACUACUCAUGUUUCUAGAAGUGAGUGGGCAGAAUCAUGUAAACAUCGCAAAACUAGUUGGUUCACCUGUUAGAGAAACGCAGAGUAAAACUAUUUUAAUUUAGUUUCAUGUAAUAAACUUUAUUAGGGCCAAAGUGGUUAAAAUGACAUAGUUUCACUCUAGUCUUAUAUAGUCUAUUAGCUUAUAUGGCAGUGAAUGUAUACUUUCAGAACUAAUCUUCAAAUUAUUCUUUGGGACUUUCCUGGUUUGGAUUACCAGACAAAAAACCCCCCCCCAAAAAAAAGAAAUGGAAAAAAACAAAAACAACAAAAAUUCGGGCUUUGAUUUUGAAAGUUUUAUCCGGAUGUUUUGUGUGUUACACUCUGGCUAAUUUGACACCAAUCUUCGCAGCAGCUGAGUCUCUCCUCUCCACCGAAGAAAAAAAAGAAAAAGAGAAACGCUCACUCGCAGUAAAAACAAUGAGGGCGCACGACGCGCAACUCGCUCCAAGCGUCUCCAACAGCAGCGGAGUUUUUCCUCCCGGAGGAUUCGUAGCAUGCGUCUGUGCGCCAACCGGAGGGAGAAGGACCACAGGAAUAUAACUUGACUAUCUGCGGAGUUUGUUAUCUUUUUGGAGGGGAAGAAAUCAUGCCUUUUUGCAAACGGUCGGUACUUCCGAAAGAUGUGUGCAAGCCCGACGGCAGGAGGCUGCGGGAGGCGAGUCAGCAGCAGCGGCAGCAGGCGGAGAUUUUCGGGGAUUUGGUGGACGUGUGUGGCUUCACCCUGUGCUCGGUGCUCCGGCAGCUCUCGGAUCUGUCCCGGCACUCGGUGAGCAUCCUGGAGGAGCUGGAGGGAGAGCUGGUGUCCAUCUGCCACCGGUCCGGCGCGCUGGAGGGCAGAGUGGCCCGGCUGCAGAGGCACGUCGCAGAGCUGCUCAGCAAGCCUCCACCGAGAACCACCAGCGGUCUAGAGGCGGAGAGCGGCAGGCGCGGCGGCAGCAGCAUCAGCAGCCACGGCGACGGCAACCACAGCAGCAGCAGCGGCGGAGGAGGAGGCAGCAGCAGCAGCGGCGGUGCGGCCCACUUCAGGUCUCCAUGGCAACAGAGCGUGAACGUGUUCGGCUCGUGGAGCAGGCCGGAGUGUGUCGAGGAGCUGCACCAGCAGGCGCAGCUCAACCUCCAGAGCCUACUGCAAGACUUUGAGGAGCAGUUGUAUGACACCAAGCUGACCGGUCAGACUUUCCGGCAUCCGUCCUCGCAGAGCUCUGACGACACGUCCACCUCGCUCAGCCGAUCGCCCAUCUCCCUCAACAACAAGAGACCUGACUUCAUCUUCCUGCCGGCGUCCAAACAGCUCUACGAAGAUGAAACCACCUCCUCAGUGUUUGGACUGAGGUCCGUGACUGACCCGUCUCCCUCCCCGUCGCCCUGCGGCUCAGAUCGCCCCCCGCUGGGUUGGAGUAGUAACAACAGCAGCAGCAGUACUGCCACUUCUGCUACCAUUGGACCACCUGUCGCAGAAAAACCACGCUGGCACCUUGGGAGACGCACACCGGGUCACUUCCUACCGCUCGACAUCACAGGUGAAGGAGGAGGAGGGAAAUUCCACGGUGUCGACCUCCUCCAGCACUCCCCAUCCCCCUCUCCAGGGGACCCCUUCCCCCACCAGCCCCGCUCCCUAGAACCUGUCACAGACACCUUCCACCAGAACCUCCCCCUGAGGAAGACACACUCUGACCUCGACACAACCUUACCUGCAGAUAACACUUUGGAGCAGCGUGCCCGGGACAAACUUCACCCAGGAACUAUGGACCGCUCUGGGCUGCUGUGCUCAAAUACACCCUCCACUUCCUGGAACGGACCUAAGGGCUCCACCUUUUCUCCCGGAGCGUGGAACGAGCCUUACAAUUACACCAUGAACAAAGGCCCAGAAGUUCCGCCCAAACAGCACAGCAUCCUCGGUAAUGCAGGGGGAGGGACGCAGGACGGGGUGAUGUUGGUUAGCUCAGGACAGUCGGUGAGCUCACAUUCCAGUUCAUUCACGUCUGUGACAAACCUGUCUGGGAGAGGAGGGAAUAACAUGCCAGGGAUUUCACUGGCAGCGGCGAUGAUGGGAAAAAGGAGCGAGACGGAAGGGGCUGCUGCGGAUGGAGGGAGAGGAGGUGGAGGAGGGGGGGUUGGGGAAGCAGGUAGAGGGCGGGAGAGGUCGGCACGUUCCAUAGCAGCAGCGAACGCCUUCAAGUUCCGGGAGCGUUCCCUUUCUACACCCACGGAUUCUGGUUCCUUCUGCUUUACAGAAGGUGGCAUAGGGCAGCCAGACGGGAACAUUGUGUCCACAGGGAAUGGGAAUGCUAUGGCAAUAACACAUCAACAACAGCAUCAUAACUUCCUGGGUUUGGGCGAGAACUACGCCCUUCUCUACCCUAGAGGGAGCUCUGAAGACAGUGCCAGUACCACAGACACAGUCUCUGUCACAGCUUCUGACUACAGCGCAGAUGGCCACUUGCGCCUACGCUCCCGCUCCAUCUCGCUUAAGAAAUCCAAACGCAAGCCACCACCUCCUGUAAGGAGCGUCUCUCUCAUGAAGAACCUUGGAGAAGCUGAGGGGAGAAUCCACCAGGAAGGCGGUCUUUACCGGGAUGGCCGGCCAAAGAGCCUACAUAUCCCCAGGGACCACUUCCCAGACUUCCAGCCCGAUUUCCUCCUGCCCAGCUCGUCCUGCUCCUCUAAACCCAGUGUUGGUGAGCGGGAACUGGUCCAUGGAGGCACUGAUGGACCUCCAAGUCUGGAGGUCCAGGCACCAGAGAGGGAGGGAGAGACAGAGCUGACCUUCCCCACUCACUGGCAGCUGGGGGAGUGGAAGAAUGACCCUUACAGGUCUCUAUCAGGCUCCAGCACAGCAACAGGUACCACAGUGAUUGAAUGUAUGAAAGUCAGAGGCAGCUCGGAAUCCCUGCUUGAUUCUCCCUCCACCUCCAGAGCCACCUCACCCUCACAGCUUUCCAUGGAAACUGACAUCAAGGCAUCCUCGCCCUUCAAACCCCCAGGACUUAUGUCCCCAUCAAGUGGCUAUUCCAGCCAGUCAGAGACUCCCACCCCAACUGUUCCACUCAGUCAAAUGGCAUGUCAGGGAACAGCAGGGACGUCAGGGACAAUAGGGACAUUAGGGUGUAAGUUGCGCCCGAAGAUUCCAGAAAGGAAAUCAUCGCUACCAUCACCCAAGGACCCGGCUGCGAGGUCUAGAUUAUCCUUUGAGAUGCCUGGGAAUGCACAUCUGGAGCUGUCAUCAAUCAAGCCAAAGCAAAAGGCCAGCAGACGGCAUUCUGACACCUCAACAGCGGCAAAACCAGGAAAAAUCAGCCCCAGCUCUUCACAGGCAUUGCCUGUGGUUACCCAGAAUGAGCUGAAGACUGUUCGGCUUCGCUCUGUCUCUCGUGGUGACUUGGAGGACUGCCCUGAUGGGGCGUCUGACACCAUCGAAGAAGAGCAGCAUGGCCGAGACCUAGGCGAGGACCCCAGCCCGCCAGCCACCCUACCAAAACCCAAACCGCCUGUCGCUGUCAAGCCCCCGUUGCCUAAGCGGCCCCUGAACCUCCUCCUCAAGUCUCCUUCCCCCUCCUCCACUUCCCCCCUAGCCCUCGACUCACCUCCUGCCUCACCUGUGGACCGGCCUGUGCCCCUAGGCAACAUCUACAAAGUCAAAAAACCCAAACCCAAAAAACCUCCACCACAAACUUUAACAACUCCCUCUGUUUUCCCAGAUUCUGCCACCGCUCCACAAACUGCCUAUGAUCAUCCAUUCCUCCCCCACUCCCAGUCCCUCUUUGAUCUCCCUCCUCUUCCAGAACCCCAGCCUCUCCUGGAAGACCCAGCAAUGGAGCCUGAAUUUGACACAGACCCAGAGAUCCGUCUUGGUCCUGAGGAUGGAGGCUCACUCCCCUCUCCCUGCAGUAACCAGGAGGCCCCGGAGCUCCAGGACAAGAGCAAGACACUUCCCUCAAGGAUGACAAUCUCCUGUCUGGCAGAGCUGUCGGACAAAAAGAAACCCAAGGUUCCACCUCCAGUCCCCAAGAAGCCGAAUGUCCUGCUUCUUCCCUCAUCUGUCCACUCCUCCACCAAUGGCAGCACAGAACGUCAGACGCCACAGGCCGACAGCCCUGUGGGUCUUCGGUCUCCUGUAGGAGCAUUCUCACCAGAAGAGUUUCCCAGUACUCCUAGUGCUCUCGAUAUGCCAGAGCAAGAUGAAAACCACCUGGGAACAGACGAAGAGAGUUCAAAAGAGUCAUCACUUCAGUCAUCUCUGCAGGAUUCCUCCCUCACAGAGCUGGGAGAGAAGAUGGCCAGCACUGGGAUUGGGGCAGAUGACUCGGCAGCCAAUGAGAAGAUGGUACUCCACAUUUCCGAGGAAACAGAUGAUGACUUGUUGCCCAGCACACCUGCAACACACACCACCGAAGACCUGUUUACUAUUAUUCACAGAUCCAAACGAAAGGUUCUAGGUCGAAAGGAGCCGACGGACUCCUUUGGCAGCCGCCAGAGCUUGGUGUCCCCGGUGAAGCACAGCACCAGCGGUAGCGACCUUCGAAAUCUGACUUUAGGCAGCAGUCAGAGGUCGAGCUCCCGCAAUGAGAACUUCAUGGCCCUGCUUCAGAAGAAAGGCAGCAAGUCUUCCAGCGGAGGAGCCAGAGUCUCCGCUAUGGAGCUUCUCAAAAGCACAAACCCUCUGGCGCGACGGGUCACAGAGUUUUCAACCACUACGUUGACGACUGGCGAGGGAGGAGACGCGGCAUUCGGAAAUGACAAACACAGCGAUCAAUGAACGGGAGUAUUGUUAAUGGAUGUUAACCUGGUCUGUUUGCUGUUGACAAAGCUACCAACCAAUUCUACAAUGUGCUACCCACUGCAGAUGGGGCCUUCUGACAAAUGACAAAUGUCCAACAGGAUCGCUCCAACUAUUGACUGACCAUUUGCACUGUCCAAUCAAAUUGGAGCACAUUUUUGGACAAAAUGGUCCCUCCCAUGGUUGAAGCACUAUUCUUCCCUGUCAAACCGGUCCCUCUAGGAAAGCGAGAAAUCUGCGGAGAGCAAAGUUUGUUCUUACUAUAUUUUCAGUGAAAGGUGGAGGUUUUAAGGUUAUUCUUCAACACUGCACCGUGUUUUCCUGCUCAGUGUGGAGGCUGGAUGGAUAGAUGGAUGGGUGGAGUAGACCCUGGAAAUAUAAGGAUAUACAGUGGAUAUCUUUACUCCUGGCUCCUUCUGGAUGAAGACAACAAGAGUCCCUGAUGACCACAAUGGUCAAUGUAUAUGACUAUGUAACCACUUAUACUGAUCCACUAGGAUACCACGGAGGAUCAGUAAUCAAAUGAAUCCAAGAAAUAAAUGGAAUAAAAUACAGAAAAUGUGAGACUUCCAAAUGAUUAGUCUACAAUUCAACCAAAACCCUCCAACCAGUAGCACUACAGCACCGACAUCUGUAGACCUACAUGAAUUGAAGGGUAAAUUACUAAUGGUAUGAUGAGGCACCUGAGAAAGCAAAUAUGCCCAAAACCUUGGACAUCAUAACUCUGUCUUCGCUCUAUGGUAAAUGCAAUACCAUAGCAGGCAUCAGCACUGUCAUUUUCAGAAAACAGAACAUUCUGAUUUGAGCGGACAAAUCACAGGAUUUACAAAGAGAAACCACAUGGGGGCUUUUUGCCACCAAAGAUGAGGCAUGAGCGUGUCACAGAUUUUGUUGCUCAUGCUAUGAACAUGAACGCGGACCUUCACAAAACAUUCCACAGAAGCACCCAACAAACAGAUGACAUUUUGGAACGCAAGCACUUUUCUUUUUCCUUGGCGUUUACAUGGCGCAGCCUUUGUGUCGCUAUAUUUUUUUCUUGAGACACUCAUCAAUCAUUUUUUCAGUCUUUGUUUAAAUUUUCUUUUUUUCUUAUAUUUUUUCCUACACUUAUUAGAUGGCCAUAAACUGUACAUGCUUAACUGGACUGUACUGUACGUAUCAUGUACAAAGAUAAAUGUAUUGCAUCUAUCAAUGAAUAUCAUUUGUGGACACGAAGACUAAAAAUAGUGUACAGAGCAGCAAGCCGCUUGGACUACAAACUGCCCACACGAUGGAGGGAAAACACACUCAAAUACACACACACACAGACUAAGAAGUAAGCAUCAUGGAAGACAAGCAGAACAGAUAUAUCUACACAAAUAUGAGUGUGUGUGUGUGUGUGUGUGUGUGUUGAUACGAGUGUGUGUGCAGAUGAAAUCUUGCCUGUGGAGUUUCUGUACGGAGAGCAUGAAGCAGGCCUGGUUAUUAAACAGGGUUUUUAUUCAUUUUGGUCUCUGGUGACGGGACCAAAGGACUGUUAAAAACUACAAACAGACCAGAGGGGACCUAACGGUGUGUGUGUGUGUGUGUGUGUGUGUUCAUGUGUGUGUUUAAAGGGAAGUGCCAAGAACAAAGUGGGAGAAAGAGAAGAAAGAGAGAGCGAGUGCCCGUACGUGUGCCUGUUUAUGUGUUUGGCAUUUUUGUGCGCGUGUCCUCACUUCGUGUGCAUAUUAGGACUGGCACAUAUUUGUGUGUGUGAAUGUUUGUGUUUGCGUGUGCAUCGUCACCCCGCACUCCCACCCCCUCCAUUCUUGGGACAGGAUUAGAAUGACUGAAGUAGCCACCCUACACCCACACAUUGCCGAACCACAAGGAUUCUGGAACCCAAAGGGAUUCCGGAACCAAUAUGAUUCCAGAACCAAUAGGAUGCCAGAACCAAUAGGAUUCCGGAAUCAAGAGGAUAUCGGGAACCAAUGGAUAACAGACGGAAAAUGAUUUUAGAACUUAAAGGAUUCUGGAAUGACUGGUAGACUUUGGAAUUCUGGAAUGAGGGAAUCUUGUGACAUUAGAACCCAAGGCCACUACAGCUCUAGCCAGAGAAUUGGGGGUCGAAUAGUUUGUUUGUUUUGCCCUCCUCCAUGCACAUUUUCACACUCUGUCUCUUUCGUCUCAGAGGUGAGGUGACGGUCUGCACCACCUUCCUCCUCCUUUCCACAUGUUCCUGUCCUCCUCCUUUCAUCACUGCUAGAGCACACACUCCAUCUGUCUCUGCAUAUUGCAGCAUCUCUCUCUUCUGGCACAUACAGUAGCACACUCUCUCUAUCUUCCCCUAUAUACUGCAACCUCUCUGUUUUUACACGUAGCAUCGCCUCUCUAUCCCUCUCUUCCUGCCACUGCCCUCCUACCUUCCUCUUUUAACCUUCUCUCCAUCCUCUCCUCCCUCCCUGACCCUACCCCAUUUUCCAUUAACCUUCCCCUGUUUCUCCCAUCUCUUUUCUCUCUCUUCCUCCUCUCCACCUCUCUGCAUUCAAUCUAUGCAUCUGAGCUUGGCAGACGACACGACACCGGAUGAAUGUCAAUGAAUGACUGAAAAUAGAUCCUGUGCUUAGUUUGAGAGUGCAAAAAACAUCUUUCUAUCAACGCUUAUCUUCUGCCUUCUCUCUUUCUUGCUCUCUGAGUUUUUAUACUUUUUCUUUACCUUCCUUUUGAGUAUCCAUGUAACAUUAAAUUAACAUGGAUGAAUGAAUGGAUAGGAUCUGUGCACAAACACAGAAACAGGCAGGGUUUGAAUGUGUUUUGCAUAAAGGACCUUGCCUUUUGGACUGUGAACGAAACACCCUGUGGUCUUUGACCCCUGACCGACCCUCAGUUCUGGAUCACUCUGUGGACGGUCUGAGAAAUUUGGAUUAGCAGUGGUUCAGCUCUAACACCUGACUUAUCCCCCGUGUGGAUGGACCGUGUGGAGGAAGGAGGGAACCUUUCAUCUCUUGACUCCCAUUCGGCAAACUAUCCCUCGGUGCUAUUGAGCCAGAGCUCCCCCUAGUGGAUGGAAACGGAGGAACCACACAUCACAACAGGAGAGUAAAAAAAAAACUCUUUCACACACAUCUCUCUUCCCUAUAACAGUCCUUCAGGUAUUCCAUCAUCCUGAAAAAAAAGAUGAAGAUUUUAAAAAUACAUAAAUUAUCACCAUUUAUGAUGACAUCAAGUGACGCUUGUUUUAAAUAUUUAGUGAAUGAAAAAAGAUAAACCUAUAAAACUCUGUGUUUGUUUGCCUUGUAUACUGAAUUAUGGGCAAGUUGCUGCAACGCCUACUGUUUUUGUUUUGUUUAAUUAUUAUUAGUUUUUUAAUUUCAGCUUCCUUGGUAGUACAUACACAGACACAACCUUUGCAAAAUCUGGCCAAAAUAACAGUACAGGUGUAAAAGGGAGUAUUUAUGUUUAACCUGAAUCUGACCUGUAAAGAAAAGUUUGGAAAUCUGGUGUUACCAAUGAUGCCUGCCUCAAGUGACUCCAAUAUCUUAAGUAUUCAAUAAGCAAAUAUUUGCCCAAAUCUGCAUUCAUAUACAGGUAUGCAGAGUAUGGCAGUGUAAUGAUAGUUUUCCCCUUUAGAGCAAUAUCCUUCAGAACAAUCACAUAUCUGAGAUCAGUGAGCGAAGUUGGAAGGGAGGGCUGCUAGAUAAAAAAAAAAACUGCUAAAAAUUAUUUGAACUAAACCCACCGAUUUUGUUCGAAAUUUUGGAACAGAGUGGGAACAGAGAAGAGAGAUACGAGUACAGUGUUAGGAGAGAGAGGAUGUGUUGUUUUGGCACAAUAAUAACAGGAACAGUUCCUUGUUAAAAAGUAAUAUGUGGUGUUUAGACGCUAAAAAUAAAAAGCUAGGCCAUCAGGAAGAAUGUGUCACUUUCAGCGUGUGUUCAGGAUCAACAAACCACAGUGUUGUUUUACUUGUUCCUGAGUAGACAGAUGGCAGAUAUCUUCAAUAUGGCAUGUUUGGUUCAACAGCCUUUAAUAGGGAAGUAAGUAGAGGUACAAACAAAGAAACAUAUGGGUAUACUGGUAAAAAGGGUGCUAUCCCUUUUGUAGGGAUACAAUAAUUUAAUAUUGAGAAGAACAUGUAAUGUUUUUGCAGUUUUUAUAAAUAUUUCUCAGAGGCAGAGUUACACCAGAGGCAGAAAUAAUCUCAUUGGUUGGGUUAAUCAUCAAUGGGUGGAGCCAAAUAACCUGCUGGGACAUUACUGCCAACUUGAUGCCAUAUUUUUGCUACUUUUUACUUCGACUAACAACAAAUUUACUGACAAUGGGUACAAUUGGUCCUCAGUGUAUUUGGUUGAUCCUUCAGCUCUUCCCAUAUGCAGCAUGAGAAAAUCUGGUACUUUACAGUAGCUCCUCCCAUUGGGGAUUUAACCAACCAAUGAGAAUAUUUUAACCUAAAGAAAAUCUCUGCCUCCAAGAAAUGUCAGUUGAACUAAAUUACCAAUCUCUAAAAUAUGUUGACAAUGUAUUAUAUUGAAAAUGACAUUUCUAUAAAGUGUGAAAAGAGAGCUGACACAAGAAAUAUAUUGAAUAUUUAAUCCAUUAUCCCUUCUUUAGGAGGACAAACAGGGAUGAGAGGAAGGAGGGAAAAUGAGGGUGUGGAGCAAAGGUUUGAUUCUGCUGAAUGUGGGGAUUACCACCACAUAUUCCAUCAUGUUUUCCUUCACCUCCUCUCUCCCUUUUUCUCAGUUGUCGUGUGACUCAGAGGAGUAAUCAUGUUAAAAGCUUUUCCCUCUCUCUCUCACUCUCUCGUUUUUUUUCCCUACAAAGUGAUAAAAGGUAUAGGAAAGCAAGAAAGUACAGAGCACUACAAUCGCCCGUUAAUUAAUUUGGUUUCAUUUUAUAGUCGGUCUCUGCAGAUACAGAAUAGCCAAAUAGCAACAUGUUGCUAAGAGACAAAUAAAAGCUGUAAAUUGGAGACUUGGAGUUCAGGCAAGGAUAAUUUUCUGUAAAGCCAAAAGGAAAAUCACAGUUUAUCUGAAAAAGCUAAACAGGGCUAAGUUUGUGUGAAUAACGUGUUUACAGUAACUUGUUAAGUGUAAUGAAUAGAGCUGCUAAUAUGAGACCAAAUACCAGACCAGCAUAAACAAAUCAAACAUCCCUUCAGACUUUAGACUCCAAAACAAAGUUGACCACAAGUCACCACAGUAUUUGCAAAAGAUUUACGAACAAAACAGACAAAAACAGCUACUGCAUUAGUCUAAACUAUUAUUUUACCACUUUGUAGAGAAAUCUACCACAAUGGGCACAAAAGCUUUAAAGUAAAUGCAAUGGUCUACAUUUAGCAAAACGAUCAGAGCAGAUAUCUGACCCGAAAACCUGAGAACUUAACAGAAAACUGCACUUUUAAAAAGUUGAUGUUGUUUUUACCAAAUGUAUGUCUUUACUGUGGGACAUUACUAAACACACUGGCACAAUUACCUGCAUGAGUUGUGUUGAGUCAAUUUGUGCUUACGAAAUGUACAAUUCUGAAUUUUUCAAUUACAACUGAAUGUGUAAAGCAACAGCUCAUGCUAUGAAUAUGAGAUCUUGUGCAAAACUUGGCUGUAGCUCACCACAAUACAGUGGUACUCAACUCAAAGCCCCAAAACAUUACAUUUGAAAAAUUCAACAGCAAUAUAACUCUCCAAUUUCAAUGACCUACUCACUGUAAUCCACGUACAUCACUGUUAACAAUUUAGUUGAGAACUACUUUCUGCCAAAGUACACCUGCCACAUGUCUAUUUCAAUGCAAGAGGAUGAAACAUGCUCACAAGAAGCUCCAUGGGUUAUCACGAGUAACCAUGUUGUUACAUUGCUGUUGAGUUUUUCAGAUUUUGCUUUGCUUUGCAGCAAACCCAACUCUGAUUGAGUUUCACUGACUUGUGGUGAGUUACAACAAACCUCAGAAAAUCACUUAUCAAACUAAAACUUUGAUGGCCUCGUUGGAGCCAGCCGUUUUGUAAUUUUCAGAAAAUUCCAAGUGUGUGGUCUGUGAUGCCAGGUUUGAGUCCAUUCCAUUAAUAAGGUUUUAAGUGUGGUCCAGCUUUAUGAGAGAGUGAAAGAGGGCGGAAAAGAGCAACAGAGAAAGAGGGGUAAUGACUUGGGCCAAAGAGUAUCUUGCAUUUGUUUUAGGAGUGCCAGAGGGGUGGGGGUUACAGUGUUUGGACCUUUCAGGGGUACUUUGGAGUAGGCAUGCUGCCCAUCACAAAAACGGAUGCCCUUUGCUGGUAAACCCCGCCCUCCUGCCACUCCAAGCAAAGUAAAACAAACCCCCCAAACCCAGUUCAGGGGCUGUACAGGCAGCUUAUAAAGACACAGAGAUGAUCAUUAGAAAGACAAAGAGAAAGAGAGACAGAAAUAGCUAUUGGAAUUAUUCUAUUUUUGUUAUUCCCCAUUGAAAAAGACAUAUUUAAAGUAAUAUUCUGUGUAUGUAUUGAAUAACCUCUAUUUCCCUGCCCCAUCCAAUGGUGUGAUCUGUAGCUGUGAGGUGGCGUCACACACAAACGCUUCCCUCUGCAGCUAUGCAAUGCCAAUGUGAUGAAAUUAUUAUAUCAUUAUAAAUAAAUUAUUUUUCUUGCUUAAAAAAA